AUGCUGCUGCGGAGCCUGGCGGCCGGAGGCCGGGCGGCGCGCGCGGCUGCCCGGGGCGCGGCAAGUAGCGGGGGCCGCGCGCUGAGGGCGGGGGGCGGGCCCGGGAGCCCCGGCUUCUCGGGGCGGGGACGGGACGGGGGCGCGGCGGCCCCCGGGCUCACGCGCCUGUCCGCUCCCCAGGGGCCCCGCCGACUCGCCGGCCGCGGGGGGUUCGCGGAGGCCCGCGCGGGGGCCCCGGCAGCUGCGGACGGCGCGCGGCCGCCCGGGGAGCGCCCCUCGGAGCCCGCGUUCCCCCCGCCGCCCGAGCUCCGGCCGCCCACGAACUGCUGCCUGAGCGGCUGCCCCGGCUGCGUGUGGCUGGACUACGCGGAGGCGCUGCUGCGGCACUACCGGGACGGCGGCGCGCGCGCCCUGGCCGCGCUGGACGAGCACGUGGCCGACGAGAACCUCAAGGCCUUCCUCCGGCUGGAGAUCCGGCUGCGCUUGAGGAGCGGGGGCUGA